UCUAUGGACAAUCACUCAACUGUUGUUUUCCAAUGUUUUCUAAACUGUUUCUGUGAACGUUAUAAUUGUUUGUUAUGCAGAGUUUGUAAGAUGUAUUUAUUUAUUAUGCAUUUAUUAAUUAGUCAUGCUAAAACAAUAUUUUAUCUAGUUUAUUAAUUAAAUUCUGAAUUUGAUCCAAUUAUUUUGUGGUGGACAAAAAAGUUAACAUUUUUAAUACUGACAAGAACAGCGUUUUUCGGGAAACUAAUGUAUGUAAUUGAAUUUAAAUAAACGCUUCGUCAUAUUGUAUGCGAUAAGAAAUAUCAAAAUAUUAAAAAAAGACUAUGCCCUAGAACUAAUCAGAUUUGGAUAAAUCGAGUGAGUAACGGCAUCAAUUUUUGGUAUUACUCAAGAAUCGAGAAAUCAAUUAUAAAGCAAAAUAUUGGGAAAGUGCACUAUAGAAAGUGGAGUAGUUUUAAUACUUACUUUGAUAUGGCAAACACCGGUUUAUUAGUUUUAACAAAUCCUGCAAGAGUGAAAAAAUUAUUACCUGUAAUUAAGAACCAUGUUCUGAAGACAUUAUAUAUUCAAUAUCUACCGGAAAAGAAUAUUUUUGCAGGAAAUUAUAAUAUAGCAAUGUCGCAACGAAGAAGUCCUCAGUAUGCUAAGAAUGUUGUAGAUAUAUACAUGAAUACUUCUACAAUUGCUUCCCGACUUGAUAUUCGUGUUUUACUCACCAAUAUGAAACAUUCUGGAAAGACCAUUAUAAAGACUCAAAAACCUGUGGAGAUAGUGAUCUUUGAUCAAUUGUGCAGUAAGAAAGAAGCAGAUGUAUUUAUACAAGAUUGUUUAGCCAAUAUGUCAAUGGAUUACAGUUUUAUCACUUGUGACGAUGAUCAAGAUCAGAUUAAUAACAAAGAUGCAGAAUAUACUACUCAAGAUGUAAGAACUUACAAGAAUGUAGUACUAGGUGGCACGUUUGAUCGAUUGCAUAAUGGUCACAAAAUUUUAUUAAGCGAAGCUGUUUUACGUUGUACAGGAAAACUUACUGUUGGUGUAACAGAUACCAAUAUGAUUUCUGGUAAAUUAUUGUGGGAGCUUAUACAACCGUGUAAUCAAAGAAUAAGUAAUGUUAAAGAGUUUUUGGAAGAUAUAGAUUCAUCAAUAACAUACGAUGUUGUUCCUAUCACUGAUAUGUAUGGACCUACCAAAGAAGAUCCUUCACUUGAAAUGAUGGUUGUGAGUGAAGAAACAAAGCGCGGAGGUGACAAAAUCAAUCAAUUACGUUCACAAAAAAAUUUAAGUGCAUUGGAUAUUUGUGUGGUAGAAUUAGCAGCUGAUGAAUGUCAUAACGAAUAUGAAGAAGCUAAAAUUAGUUCUAGUAAUCAUAGAAUACGAUUACUUGGCACAAGGCUUCGAGCUCCUAGAAUAAAUGAUAAGGCUCUAAAACCAUAUAUUAUUGGUUUAACGGGUGGCAUUGCAAGUGGAAAAUCUUCAGUUGCUGAAAAAUUACAAAAUCUCGGUGCUGGUCUUGUAAAUUGUGAUAAAAUAGCUCAUGAUUUAUAUUUACCCGGAAAAGAUUGUUUUCAUGCAAUAAUUGAACAUUUUGGCUCUUCUAUUCUAACUUCAGACGGGUUUAUAGAUAGAAAGCUACUCGGUGAUAUAGUGUUUAAUAAUAAAGAACAGUUGGAAAAACUAAAUAAAUUAAUUUGGCCUUUAAUUUUGCGGGAAGCUAAAAAAGAAAUAGAUGUUCUUUAUGCAAAGAAUAAUGACAUAAUUGUAAUGGAAGCAGCAGUUUUGAUUCAAGCUAAGUGGCAGGAUGUAUGUCAUGAAAUUUGGACUUGUAUUAUUCCGCAAAAUGAGGCUAUAAAACGUAUAAUGAAUAGAAAUCAAUUAUCUGAGGAAGCAGCUAAGCUGCGAAUUGAAAUACAACCGAGUAAUACAGAACAGAUUAAAGAAGCUAAUGUUGUCAUAUGCACUUUGUGGACUCAUGAAAUUACACUAGAACAAGUAGAAAAAGCAUGGAAAGAACUAACAACAGCUUUAUCUCAAAAAACUAUAAAAUCUUCUAUUUAAUAAAUUUUCUAUGUACACAAGGCUAAGAUCCUUGAUUAAAAUUAAGUAAA